CCGAGAUGUGUCAAAUAUCGUCGAGCACUUGUGUAUUGUCGUCGUGUGAUUUGUUGUAUGUGAGUGUGGUUGUGUGACGACGAUUGCAAAAUAGUGAAAACAAAAAAAAAAUACGAGUUUUCACUUAACAACGACACAUUUUGUGGAAAAUUAUCUUCCAACAAAUAAUUAACGUGAAAUUCUACGCUCACGUAACACAUCCUUGCUUCAUACCAAAUGGUAAAAAUGGUUGAAAUUCCAUCUAAAUAACAUACAGUUUUGCCACCUUUCACCGUUCGGAUUAGUGCAAUUUUUUUGGAAUAUUUUAAUUUAAAAGAAAUAUGGGGAGAAACGUGUAAAUAAUUUAAUAAAUAAAUAAAUUUAGUUUAGAUUCUGUCAAGUGCUUAGUUUGUGUGAUCUGCGAGAGUAAAAUAAAAUAAAUAGAAAAAAAAUGACGGUAGAAAAGAGUAAGCAAAUUUUCAAUGUGUUGUCAUUGUGCCUGAUUUGGUAUGUUGUAUCGUCGAGCAAUAAUGUGAUAGGAAAAAUGGUACUUUCGAGCUUUCCUUAUCCAAUGACCGUAACCAUGGUGCAACUCACAUCAAUCACACUGUACAGUGGUCCGUUCUUUAAUUUAUGGGGUGUACGCAAGUAUUCGGAUAUGUCGUGGCAAUAUUAUUGUAAAUUGAUCAUUCCGUUGGCGUUGGGGAAAUUUUUCUCGUCCGUUACAUCGCAUAUAUCAAUUUGGAAAGUGCCUGUUUCGUAUGCACACACGGUUAAAGCGACGAUGCCUUUGUUUACGGUGAUUUUGACACGGAUUUUCUUUCGAGAGAAACAACCGACAUCCGUGUAUUUAAGUUUAGUGCCAAUCAUCACCGGAGUUGGAAUUGCCACAAUGACUGAAUUAUCAUUCGAUAUGAUGGGACUGGUUUGUGCACUUGCCGCAACCCUUGGUUUCUCACUGCAAAAUAUUCUAUCGAAAAAAGUAUUGAAAGAUACCGGCAUACAUCAUUUGCGGCUGUUACACGUGCUCGGCCGCUUGGCAUUGAUACUCUUCCUUCCCGUUUGGCUGUACAUGGAUUUCACGAAAAUUAUUCAUGAACCAACAGUUACAAAUGGUGACUACAAAGUUAUAGCGCUGUUGUUCGCUGAUGGUGUGCUAAAUUGGUUGCAAAAUAUCAUUGCAUUUAGUAUAUUGUCAUUGGUGACGCCGUUAACGUAUGCUGUUGCAUCGGCAUCAAAGCGAAUAUUUGUAAUUGCCAUAUCAUUGUUAGUGCUCGGUAAUCCAGUCACAUGGGUCAACAUUUUCGGAAUGAUGCUCGCCAUUUUCGGUGUACUAUGUUAUAACCGCGCCAAACAUCUAUCGAAACUAUCGGCAAAUGUAUUGCCCUCAUUUUUCCCGAAUCGAAAGGAGAGCGGCACCAUACCAUAUAAACCGUUGCCAAUGAAUAUGAAUAACAAUGGUUUAACGUCACGUAUAGCAGCAACGAAAAAUGGCACCGUUACGAAUCUUCUGCUCAAUGGCACCGCCGAUCAUCACAAUUUCACCGUGAAUGCCAAUAAUAAACUGUUAUUUGUAUAAAGACAAAACAAUUUAAUUCGCUCUACGAUUUUUCUACAAACUGAUUGCUUAAUUUGUAAAAUAUUAUUACUAUUAGAUAAAGAAAAAAAAAUGAUGUUUACAUUGACUCUAUAGAGCUAUAGCUUAGAUUCGUGAAUAUUGUAAAACAAAAGUCAUCUGAAUGGCUUUCGAAAAUUCGUACGAAUCAUUUUCGGGAUUUGUUUUUUUUAAAUUCAUAAUACAAAGAAUCGUAGGAAUUAUAACAAAAACUACAAUCAAUUUUAGAUAGAGUUUUUUGCCGCAAAACGUACAGAUAUCAUGUAUGUACUAAAAUAGUUAGAGAGUUGGUCAGACUUUUGUAAAUUAUAUCUUGUCUAGCAAAUUGUUAUUUUAAUAGAAGGUUAUUUUUGUAAAAAGAAGAAGAGGGCAAAACGCAAACAUCAUAUGGAAUUUAUUUAUUAUACUUACACACGACGAAAAAAAGAAAUGUCUUUUUAAUCAUGAAUAAAAAAAAAUAUAUAUGAA